CUUCAUGCUUCAGCGUAGACCUUGCCAUUCCUAUGCACUUCUUUUUGCUUCAUGAUUUACUGGACUGAAUCCCUACUCCAUGGCGUCGAUGAUUCUGCCGCGAUCUGUCCCACGCAGCCUGUCGAGAGCCGCUCCCUCUGUCCGUUCACAAGUUUCCAAGGCUGCCACGAGAUGCAUGCAUCAGAACUCCCCGAUCACAGCUUCUCCUCUUCGACGUCGGCCAAAUACGCAGCAAUGGAGUCUUAGACUGCCAGCCCCGGUGGUUUCCCUAGGGCGUCGGACCAUGUUCAUUCAGACUGAGUCAACGCCAAAUCCUGAUGCCCUCAAAUUCAAUCCGAACCAGCGAGUUAUGCCAGAAUCAAUAUCGUCCCCAUUCCUCGAAUAUCUCACACCUCGGUCAACCUUGGCCCCGCCUCAUCCUUCCCCGCUCGCGGCGAAACUCUUGAACAUCGAUGGAGUCACAUCUGUAUUCUUUGGCACAGACUACAUUACCGUCACGAAAGACAGCGCCACGCCAUGGGCACAUGUUAAACCGGAAGUCUUUGCCAUCAUAAACGAGUUUAUGCUCUCUGGGCAGACCAUCGUUAACACUGUAGAGGAUACGGCUGGAGAGAGCGGCCAGGAAGGAACCGAAAUGGAUAGCUUGGCGUACGACGAGAACGACAGUGAAGUGGUUGGCAUGAUCAAAGAGCUGUUGGACACGAGAAUUCGUCCAGCAAUCCAAGAAGAUGGCGGUGACAUUGAGUUCCGAGGGUUCCACGAAGGGCAAGUUCUGCUCAAGUUACGCGGGGCAUGUCGGACAUGUGACUCGAGUACGGUAACACUCAAAAAUGGCAUCGAGAGUAUGCUUAUGCAUUAUAUCGAGGAAGUUCAGGGCGUUCAGCAGGUUAUGGACCAAGAGGAAGAAAUCGCCAUUAAGGAGUUCGCCAAGUUCGAAGAGAAACUGAGGCAACAAAAAGGUCCCAAUGCCGCUCCUUCAACAGUCGGCAAAGGCAGCUUAGACACUGUGGAGGGAUAGCUCAGGGCACUCUAUAAAAUAAAGGCUUUCUCUUUCAACAUACGAUCGCGAUGUUUGGUGUUGGGUGCUGGUGCUAUCCACGCUAGCGGCACAACCGAACUUUCCAACAUCUUGCUCUCCAUCUACCACCAAUUUUUCACCACUCCUCUCAAGUGGGCCUCUUGACACCUCGUCCCGUUGAUUCAUACAUCAAGCAAACCAACAUCCAUGAAAACACAUGCAUUAUACCGUGUGGGUGUAAAUCGGAUAACAAGGAUGUUACGUGGGCCAGUAAUUCACUUUUUCUCAAUAUUUCCUGAAUACUAUGGGUUAACAGACUAUUGGAUUACUACCCCUCCGAAGGACGAGGAAAACCCACUCCUAGUUUGAUCUGUGAUAACAGCAGCUAGCUAUACUGGAUAAUUGUUUAAGA